AUGGCUGCAUUGACAGUGGCCUCCAUAUACAUCCCAAUGGCCCUUUCACUGGCCUCAAACCUUGCUCAUGCCCCUCCAAUCAGCGGGCUAUACUCAUUCGUGAUCCAUCCCUUGAUAUAUGCAAUUCUGGGAAGCUGUCCACUCCUGGUGGUUGGUCCAGAGGCUGCAGGUUCCCUGCUCACAGGUGCCAUUGUGAAAGCAAGUGUCAUGCAAGGAAACUCCGGCGAAGACGACCUCGCAGAAACAGCUUUGGUUGUAGGAGUUGCAACCGCGAUGUCGGGUAGUAUGAUCCUUAUCGCUGGGCUGACUCGGCUGGGCUUCUUGGACAAUGUUCUGAGCCGACCCUUUUUGCGAGGAUUCAUCACUGCCAUCGGUUUUGUGAUCUUUGUAGAUCAAUUGAUCCCGGAAUUGGGUCUUGCCGAGCUAGCCAAAGGUACUGGCGUCAGUCACGGAACCAGCGUUUCGAAACUGAUAUUCAUCUUCCGAAACGCUGGUCAGUGCCAUGCACUUACUGCCACAGUUUCAAUUGUUAGCUUCACCGUAAUCAUGGUCUUCAGGACAUUGAAAAAGAUGCUUGUACCACGCAUCCCCCAAGUGAUUUAUUUCCCAGAUCGCUUUUUGGUCGUCGCUCUGUCAGCGGUUUUGGCUUGGCACUUUGACUGGGAAUCCAAGGGACUCGAAAUUCUCGGAUCUACCGAGGUCGCCGCUGGGGGGCUCUUCUCAUUCAACUGGCCCUUCCAAUUCGCGCACAUGAAGCAUGUGCGAACGGCAAUGAGCAAAGCCUUCAUCAUCGCCCUGCUUGGCUUCUUCGAGUCCUCCGUGGCAGCUAAAGGGCUGGGCGAGGGCAACUCUGACGGAAUCAAGGGAAUGCACAUGAGUGCCAACCGUGAAAUGGUUGCCCUGGGCGUUGCGAAUGUCGUUGGCGGUUGCUUCUCCGCUCUCCCUGCAUUUGGCGGCUACGGUCGAAGCAAACUCAGUUCCCAGACUGGAGCACGUUCGCCGAUGACCAGCGUUUUCUUGAGUCUCAUCACCUUCACCUGUGUCAUGGUACUCUUGCCUUAUCUUUAUUACCUUCCGAAAGCAGUUCUAUGCUCUAUGAUCUCCGUGGUAGCCUACACUUUGGUAGAAGAAUGUCCGCAUGACCUACUCUUCUUCUUCCGACUUCGCGGUUGGACCGAGCUUGUUCUCAUGGGACUCAUUUUCACGACAACGAUAUUCUAUUCAUUGGAGCUCGGCAUGGCAAUGGGCAUUGGGCUCUCAGUCAUAAUCCUCAUCCGCCAUGCAACACAGCCCCGUAUUCAAAUUCUCGGCAAAGUUUCCGGAACGGAAGCUCGCUUCGAUAACGCAGAACUUCACGCCGAGAAUGUCGAGCUGGUCGAGGGCGCCCUGAUCGUCAAAAUCCCCGAACCCCUGACCUUCGCGAACACCGGUGACCUGAAGAACCGUCUCCGUCGCCUCGAACUCUAUGGCUCGAACCAUGCGCACCCUUCGCUUCCGCGCAUGCGUGCACCAGAGCAUAACAAGAACAUCAUCUUUGAUGUGCACGGUGUGACUAGUAUCGACGGGUCUGGAACGCAGGUUCUCUCAGAGAUUGUGCAUGCAUAUGCAGAACAGAGGGUUCGGGUCUUCUUCUGCCGGUUGCCGAAUCGUAACGUGUUCAGCAUGUUUGAGCGAAGCGGCAUUGUCGAAAAGUGUGGUGGUUUGACGCAUUUCGUCCCUAGUGUCGAUGAGGCGUUGCGGUUGGCGGGAUCUGAGGAUCAGACCCAGGAAAUUUGA